AUGAGUAAUACCAUAAUUCUUUUCUUGUAUUCUAUUUUUUUCAUGUUAACAAUAAUCUGCGAUGCAGUUGAAUUAGACACCAUAACUGCAACUCAAUCUCUUACUGAUGGGCAAACCAUGGUCUCUUCAGACACAACAUUUGAACUGGGAUUUUUCAGCCCCUCCGGUACUAUUUCCAGGAAUCGAUACUUGGGAAUAUGGUACAAGAAAAUAUCUGAUGGGACUGUGGUAUGGGUUGCCAACAGAGAUACUCCACUUACCGAUACCUCAGGAGGAGGAGUAUUGAAGCUUGCUGAUGGAGGAAUUCUCGUGCUUGUCAAUAGUACGAACAGCAUCUUCUGGUCGUCUUCAAAUUCAUCAUCAAAUAACAACACAGUGAACCCAGUUGCACAGCUUUUGGAUUCGGGUAAUCUUGUUGUCAAAACUGCAAAUGAUGAGAAUUUCCUAUGGCAGAGUUUUGAUUAUCCAUGUGACACUGUGUUGCCAGGCAUGAAGUAUGGAAAGAACCUAGUAACCGGAAUUGAUCGGCGUAUAUGGUCAUGGAAGUCCAGUGAUGACCCUUCUAAAGGUGAGUAUUCUCAUGGACUUGAUCUUCGUGGAUUCCCACAAUACGUCCUCAUGAAAGGUCCGGUUGAGCAUUACCGAACUGGACCAUGGAAUGGUCUCCGCUUUAGUGGCAUGGUGGGUUUAAAACCAAACAGCAUUUACACAUACCGAUUUGUUUUUGAUCAGCAGGAACUGUAUUAUGAAUAUGAUCUUAUUAAUAGCUCAGUUUUCACACGGCGGAUUUUGAAUCAGAAUGGAAUACUACAGCGCUUGACAUGGAAUUACAAAACACAGGAUUGGACAAUUUACACGAAUGCACCAGCAGAUAACUGUGAUUCGUAUGGGCUAUGUCAGGCCUAUGGUACCUGCAGCAUUGGUAACUCCCCGGUGUGUAGGUGUCUUGAUAAAUUUAUGCCAAGAUACCCAAAAGAUUGGGACACAGCAGAUUGGUCGGGUGGGUGUGUUCGAAGAACGCCCUUGGAUUGCCAUAAUGGAUCAUCAAAUGGAUUUCUCAAGUAUUCCGGUGUAAAAUUGCCUGACACGCGGUAUUCCUGGUAUAAUAGGAGCAUGACCCUCCAGGAAUGCGAGAUGGUAUGCUCAAAAAACUGUUCUUGUAUGGCUUAUGCAAAUAUAGAAAUAACAGCAGGAGGAAGUGGCUGCUUGCUCUGGUUUGAUGACUUGAUUGAUAUUAGGGACCUCACAGAAAUUGGACAAGAUAUUUACAUAAGAAUGGCAUCCUCUGAAUUAGAAACACAUAGCAGCUCCCAUGUAAAGGGACGAUUGAAGAUUAUAAUCAUUCCUAUAUUAAUUGCAGCGGUGGUACUCCUAGGCCUGUUACUUCUCUUCUAUUUCUUAAGGAGGAAGAAGCUGAAGAGAGUUACCCCUAGUGGACGAGUUGUAGUCUCCCCAGAUCAAAGAUCUUGUAUGGAAACUAAGAAUGAAGACAUUGAGUUACCAUUUUUUGAUCUGGACACUAUUGCAAAUGCCACUGAGAACUUCUGUUCCACAAAUAUGAUUGGAGAGGGUGGUUUUGGUCCUGUUUAUAAGGGUAAGCUAGCAACGGGACAAGAAAUAGCAGUCAAGAGGCUUUCGAAUAAUUCUGGACAAGGCCUACAAGAGUUCACAAAUGAAGCUAUUUUGAUUUCCAAACUUCAACACCGAAAUCUUGUUAAACUGUUGGGCUGUUGCAUUGAAGGAGAAGAGAUGAUGCUAAUAUAUGAGUUCAUGCCGAAUAAAAGCUUGGACUAUUUCAUUUUUGAUCAGAAUAGAAGACUAGAACUUCCAUGGCAAAAGCGAUUUGAAAUUGCUAAGGGUGUAUCAAGGGGACUUCUCUACCUUCACCAGGACUCGAGAUUAAGAAUCAUUCAUAGGGAUCUCAAAGCCAGUAACAUUUUACUAGAUGAUGAACUAAGUCCCAGGAUUUCAGACUUUGGGACAGCAAGAAGUUUUGGGAGAGAUGAAAUUGAAGCCAAAACAAAGCGAGUAAUCGGAACAUAUGGUUACAUGUCACCGGAGUAUGCCAUUGAUGGAAAAUUUUCAGUAAAAUCUGAUGUCUUUAGCUUAGGUGUACUUUUACUGGAGAUAGUAAGUGGUAAAAGGAAUUGGAAAUUUCAUCAUCCCGAUCAUUAUCAUUCGCUUUUGGGACAUGCUUGGUUGUUGUGGAAUGAUCAUAAAGCCCUGGAAUUUGUGGAUUCAUGUUUGGAAAAUUCAUACAUUGAAUCUCAAGUACUAGGAUGUAUUCAAGUGGGUCUAUUGUGUGUUCAGAAAAUGCCAAAAGACAGACCAACCAUGUCAUCGGUAGUUUUCAUGUUGGGUAAUGAGGGGGUGGCAUUGCCUGAACCCAAACAGCCUGGUUUCUUUGUCGAAAGAAGUUCCAUAGAUGCAGAGACAUCAAGAGGUGAGAGUAGUCAUUCUAGAAAUUCCUUGACAAUAUCAACAAUGGAAGCUAGAUAG